AUGCCGUCGUCCAAGAGCUCAAAUGGCUCUGGCGCGCAGGUGAGCCAUCGCCUCCGGAACUUCUUUCGCAUGAACAGCGCCGCCAGCAGUGGAAGCGAGAAGGACAAGUCCGCCGCCAAUAAUGCCUCCGUCACCUCUGCCGCCAACAAUGCAGCUUCCUCCGACAUAUCGAGUCCCAAGCCGUCUCGUCAUACCAAGUUCUUCAGCAGCACUGUUGGCCGACUUCGUGCCCACACUGUCGCCAGCGAAGGCAAUCAACUCGAAGAAGCCAUGAGCCCAACUGCUCAUGCCAACCCAUACUUUGCCCACCAGGGUCAACCUGGCCUGCGACAUCAUAACGAGGGCUCUGUCCCGCCCAGUCCCCCUGAUACUCCCGAAUUGAAGGUCUGCGGCCCUGAUGGUGCUCCCGUCGACCAGGCCACCAGCGAAACCAAGGAGGAACUGGCUCGGCGUCUGCGGAGGGUUGCUAGUGCCCCUAACGCUCAGGGCCUGUUUGUCAGCGACGAAUCAAAGUCUAUUCCUGCUCUGCCCAACGGCGAGCGACCUGCCACGGCAGAGCUUGGAAAGGAUCCUCUGAUGGAAGAUUCGGCGAGUGGCUCUAUUGGUCUUGUGCAGUCAACUUCUGAAUCCUCCAAGAGCGAUAGCCAUGCCAUUGCGGCUGACGACGUUCUCUCGGCCUUGCCAGCCCCUAGUACGUCCUUGGCUUUCCGAAGGACGUACAGCUCCAAUUCUAUCAAGGUCCGCAAUGUCGAAGUUAGCCCUGCCAGCUUUGACAAGAUUAAGCUCAUCGGAAAGGGUGACGUUGGCAAGGUCUACCUGGUGAGGGAGAAGAAGAGCAGCCGACUCUAUGCUAUGAAGGUUUUGAGUAAAAAAGAAAUGAUUAAGCGAAACAAGAUCAAGCGAGCUCUAGCGGAGCAGGAGAUUCUUGCCACGAGCAAUCACCCGUUCAUUGUCACGCUAUAUCACUCGUUCCAGUCCGAUGAGCACUUAUACCUAUGUAUGGAAUACUGCAGUGGUGGAGAGUUCUUCCGAGCCUUGCAAACCCGCCCUGGCAAAUGUAUCCCCGAAGAUGACGCUCGAUUCUAUGCCGCCGAAGUGACAGCUGCGCUCGAAUACCUUCACUUGAUGGGCUUUAUUUACCGCGAUUUGAAACCUGAGAACAUCUUGCUUCACCAGUCUGGACACAUCAUGCUUUCAGACUUUGACUUGUCCAAGCAGUCCGACCCUGGUGGCAAGCCCACCAUGAUUAUCGGCAAAAAUGGAGCACGAACGGAUGCUCUGCCUACAAUUGACACCAGGUCUUGCAUUGCCAACUUCCGAACCAACUCAUUUGUUGGCACAGAGGAGUACAUUGCUCCUGAGGUUAUUAAGGGUUCCGGCCACACGAGCGCAGUCGACUGGUGGACAUUGGGUAUUCUCAUCUACGAAAUGCUCUAUGGCACAACGCCUUUCAAAGGGAAGAAUAGGAACGCAACGUUUGCCAACAUUCUGCGUGAAGACAUUCCAUUCCCCGAUCACGCUGGGGCGCCUCAAAUUUCAAAUCUCUGCAAAUCGUUGAUUCGAAAGCUCCUGAUCAAAGACGAGAACCGCAGGUUAGGAGCUCGGGCCGGUGCAUCUGACAUCAAGGCACAUCCAUUCUUCCGCACAACUCAGUGGGCUUUGAUUCGCCACAUGAAGCCGCCCAUCGUUCCUCAUCCCACCAAGGGAAUCGACACAAUCAACUUCAGAAAUGUAAAGGAGAGCGAAAGUGUGGAUAUCAGCGGCUCAAGACUCAAGGGUGUACCACUGGACAGCGGUCUGGCCACGCCUGGAGCCGAGUUGGAGGACCCGUUCAGCGAAUUCAACAGUGUGACACUGCAUCACGAUGGCGACGACCACCAGCAUAUUCUCCAUCAUCCUACCGCCAGCCAACAAGUAAGCGCUUCAUCAUAG